CGCUUGUUUUAGCUAAGGAAAGGAGAAAAAUGGCAUAAAAUUCGCGUCUUUUUGGCUCACUGAGCAUUGUAACCAUUGGAAAUCUUUAUUUUGAGAUUAUUCUGGCUAAAGGACCAUAAUUAUCAUUGUUUUUGGUGGUUUUGUCCCUGGAAAGAGGCAAUAAUUUUGCGUGGCAACAGUUGUGUGUGUUGCUAGUGACGUUGAUGGCCUAUAUUGGUUUGCCUUAAUUUCCCGUUAUUCUUGGGAAAUCUGUUAGCAAGGGAGCAGUGGAAAAAACUACAAGGAGGCAUACUGUAUAUUAUUUGUCUUCGGAAAUUAUAGCUGAUUUUAUUAGCUUUUAACGAACUCAACGAGUGAAGUACAUUGCUUACUCAUAGAUCAUCCGAUCACCAAGUUCAUCAUAUUAAACAAGGUGGAGAUUUCUCUUGUUGGCUCCUUUGCAUUCACGUGUUGAUGCGUCGUCUUUUCUACCUAGAAAACAGAACUAGUGGAUGUUACAUUUUCCAUGAAAACGCAUUUUCCGUCUUGACUUGGUGAUUUGUACUCACUUAUACGUCUUCAAAGAUGGCAGUUUACUUUGACCAUAGAAUUCAAUCUCCUGCUGUAGCUAUUCAAACUGACAUAGCUUGGCACAGUAGCUAUCCUCUUUUAGCUGUGGCCUCAAAAAAUGAGCCAGAUGUGGGAGGUUCUGUGGACUUUUAUCUUGAUGAGGUAAUGUCAUAAAUACAAGUUCCUUCUCAUUACAAGGCUGGUUUUUACUGACAACAGAGCCAGAUUAUAAAAACAACACCAAUCACAAAGUGUGGGAAUGAGCAUUGUAAUCAGCUUGUAUUCUGGUUUUCAUAAGAUCAUAAUUGACAAAGCCAUAAGUGGUGUUAGAGGAAGAUGGAAAUGUUUCUUUUGACUCUGAUUUUGUUAUGCUUAUGACUCCAAUAUUAUUACAAGUUCUAUUUUUGAUUUUCACUAGAUCAUAAGUUCUCCCUUGACUCUGUUUAAGACCGCAACUCAACUCUUGUAGUGAAAACCAGUCUUUAUCAGAUUCAAAUUGUACAACAGAUGCACAAUGCAAGUAGUGGUAGUUGUUUGAUACAAAUUUAAGGUCAGUUUUGCUCUGUAGAGAUCAACAGUGGUUUUUUUGAUUUUGAAGGGUGAACCUAAUGAAACUCUGUCUUGUGAAUCCUUUUGGUCUGAUUUGAAACAUUUUGUUUUGUACUGAUCAAUUCAAGCCCUUAAUGAUUGUGUAUUUUGCUGAUCCCUGGCAUUUUAUGACUGAGUAAUUUCAAUGCAGGCAAACAAUAAAAGAUCAAGGAGUCAUAGUCACAGGCCAAGAUUUCACAUACAACUGUACAUCAUCACAAGCUAUGAAAAUCUAAUAGAAAUGUUCUGACCAAUCAUAAAGCACAUAUUUCUUUGACGUUUUGUAAUAGAGACCAUCAGAUUCUAAGACGAGAAUGACUACAUCUGAAGAUUUUCUCAAUAUUAAGUAGUGCUCGUACAUGAGCCAGCGUCAUUUUGGCAGGAAAACUUGACAUCUGUCAUUGUUCUACUAUGAAUUUUAGGGAGGAUGUUGUAGUGCCAGAAACAAUUUAACAAAUGUGAGAUGUUUUAUCAUUUUUCAAUGGGGAGAGGACUUAACCUCCUCCAAUAAAGUAGUCUGGGUGUUUAUUUUUUGAGAAUACGCAAAAAAUAACUGUUAGUCAAAUCCUGUACUUUUGUUCUUGUCCUCAAAUCUAAAGGUCUCUAAUGUCUUCUUACUAACACUGUUAACAGGGUGAAUUAGUCGAAGAGUCUUCAAUCCAGCGUUCUAGCUUGGUAACAGCUAUUGCAUGGCAUCCUGUCAGGAAAAUUCUUGCCAUUGGUUGGCAGAGUGGUGAUGUGCUGAUCUGGAAUGAGCAUGAUCGUGAGUUACAUGAGGCUUCAUCCAUUCACCAGUCUCCAGUAAAGAUUGUUCAGUGGAGUAGCAAUGGAAAUAGACUUGUAACCUGUGAUCAGGUGCGUUCACUGUGCACACUUACAGGGCUGUCACUCAUCAGGGAUUUUUUUAGUGCUAUAAUGUACAUCAUUGUUUGGCUGAAUCUGCAAGUGGUCAAGACAAAGGAAAUCCUGUGUUCUGAUUGGCUCCUUGAGUGGCAAGAUGGGUGGAUUUCCUGCAUUGAUCCUUUAAGACCAAUUUUUUGUCGGUCAAGAUAGCUGGACAUUGUCCUUGUUCUUUUACGCGAUCUUAUUGGCCUUGACUCGGUUCAUAACAAAGUUAAAAAGUACUAGACCAAUAUCCAGCCAUUAUGAUAAAAAAGCUGGAACAAUAGUGCAUAUAUGGAUUGGUGUUGGGUCAGUAAUGCAUAUAUGGAUUGGUGUUGUAUCAAACACUGCUUUAUGGGUGAAUGUUUAACAGAAAAACUGUCAGGGAUGUGUGACACUUGUACUUCAACAGCUGAUCAGGUGAUACUUGGUAAAAAAAAUAUCGAAAAGUGUCAGAUGUUUUAAAAAAACACAAACGUCUGCAAAGUAUACGCAACAACACUCUUGGGUCUCCUGUGACCCAACAUUUCAACUCCACUGGCCACAGUAUUUCAACUAGGCACCGUUUAGCCGAAAGGACUGAAUAUCAAUUUCAGUUUCAUUUGAAUUGGGACGUUAUAUAAAUCCUGCACGCGCUGUUACACGUGGGUGUACCUCUAUCAUUUUUAUGAUGUCUAUGAUAUUGCGUAGUACUGUACAACAGUUUUUUUGUCACACUGAAGAAGGGUCAUAAACUCAAAACGUUUGUGUUUUUUGAAAACAUCUGACACUUUUUGAUAUUUCUUUACUGAGUAUUACCUUAUCAGCUACUGCUUUAUGGGACUGUUUUGAGGAAUAUAUUUUGACCUUGUUUCCGGUGCAGCCCUAGCAAUAACUGAUAAAAGAAACAACAGCUUCCCCAGAACAGUACCUUAGUGUCAUCCAAUGAUGCAGCAACUCAGUCUGACAUGCAAAAUGACCAGACCCCAGUUGUAAGGGUGGAUAGGAUUAUCUACUGGAUAAAUAUCUUUCCAGUGUUAAUGUAAUUGGUCUUCCUACAUUGUAACACUUAUCCACAGGAUAGUGGUCUAUCAGAUGGAUAAUGCUAUCCAGUGUUUGAACAACUCGGGCCAGAUGGUCACAUUUUAAGUGCUUUUUGUCAGGGUUAUUGCUAGUGUGUUGCUACUGCUCGUUUCUAUGCUCUAGACUAGUCUCAAAUGUCAGGAUCCAUAACCGGGGGACUAUUUGCAACCUUAGUUGAAAAGCCAUCAAAAUAUUGCAUAUACCUGACAGGUAUAAGCCACUAAAUUUAUAUCAUCUUAGUAGUUUAAUAGUACAUGUAAUUGCCCACUUAGAGGAAAACCACUCACCCAGUCUUCAAAAUCUAGCAAAGCUAUUUUGUCCUUAUGAAGCUUACUAGCAGUGUAAAUAAUAUAUUUCAUUAGGCUGGGAUCCUUGCCAUCUGGAAGGCAGAUCAGAAGGGCCGCCUUCAGCAGUCUCCACUGUACCAGCACGAUGCUUCAUCACAAAUAACAGCUUGUGUUUUCAAACCACCACCAAGCCCUGAAUAGUGAGUACAUGACUGUGUUUCUACCUAUAUCAAAAUGGCAAGGAAUGUUUUAAAGUGGUCAAAGCCAAGUUUUUUAGAUCAACUUUGAUGUAUCUUGGCAUGUGAUGGGACACACUGUUUCAAUAUUGUUUUAUAUUGAUAGCUUCUUAAUUCUUGUAGGAAUUACAUGCAAGCUAAAGUCUUGCUGCAAUUAUUGGUAUCUCCUAUUAACACGUCCUUUCAAAUUUUCUUUGUUAUUCUUCAUUAAUAACAGUUUGUGAAAUGUAUUUUAUAUUUCUAAAUCUUUAAGGAGUAUUACCUUUAUUUAAGCUUGAGUUGCUAAGUGAAAUUAAGUUGUAUCUAUAUUGCAGUGAUGUAUCAAGCUUGGCAAAGGCUGCUGUUGCUGGAGAUGAAGCUGCAAUGGAUAUGCUUUGGCGAAAAAGUGCCAAAUCAAGUGCUUCAUCAUCUGAUUAUUCAUUCUUUUUUGGGGUGGAAGAUGGUAAGUGUGUCUGUUGUAUAAUGGCCCAUACCAAUCAUUUAUUAUAUUGUUUAAUCAACCCAGUAAUGAAUUAUGGAAUGUUUAAUCGAUUAUCCACGAUUUUCAGUAAGAAUUCUAGUAAUAGGAGAAAGGUGUAACGUUAUAGGAGAAUAUUUUUUGAAAGUCUCCACAUCAUAGGCUACCAAACGUUAGGUGGAGAAUUCUGCGUAGUAAACGUAGAAUUCUCAAAUCUCCGAUGCCUAAUGAACACCCUGAUUAUCACAGGAACAAAACUUGUAUUAAAAACUUGUGUGCUGUCUUAAAAUGGUCUCAUAAUUAAAGAAGGAAAGGAAUUUUUUUAUCACUCAAAAGCACAGAAAAAUUUUGUGCUCCAUUCAAAAAUCAAAGUCACAACCCUCUGAGUUCUAGAUUGGACACUAACCACUGAGCUACUGGAACUCUUGCGAGCAGGCUUGGGUCAAAUUCACUAAUGUCCCUUUCUUGAUACAGUUUGUAUGUUUUGGAUGUGUUCUAAAACAUGGUACGUCGGCCUUCCUAAGUCAAAUUCUUACCAAGAGAUUUUUCUGAUUAUAAUGAUCAUUGAUGAUCAAUUAGGUGGAUCAUUUUGAUACUUUUCCAAGUUCAGUAGUUGCUCUAGUUGUCGCUAUUAACAUCGUCCAGUUCCAAUAAAUUAUAUCCAUCACUUACUUUUUUACAUUAAAAAAAGUCUUCACAAAUUAACUUUUGAAGGGUUUUCUUUCAAUGAUUUUUGUUCUUUCUUCAUUGUAGGCACUGUGUACUAUGUUGAUGACAAAGGUCGGGCUGCAGAAUGCUUUAAAGCUGAUGGUGCUGUUAAGUUCUUAUUGUACAGUGAAGGAAAAGACGUGCUUGUUGUUGUUACAGAGGGACUGAUUCUUUCACAACACAGGGUGGCUCAUGACGGUUCAACAACAGAAGUUGCUAAGGUGGACAGAAAUGACUUUUCAUUUACGAUGUCGAUAAACAGUCAGACGUUGUUGUGUAGAAUAUUCAAUUUUAUUCACCGCGCCCCUCAGAUAACAAGUACAUGUAAAUAAUGGUUUUGCCAGCCAUAUACUUUGUAGGUCAGAAUAAUUAAUGAUAUUAGUGAUCUCAUACCAAGUAUUACUCCAGAAAAUUUCCAACUCCCCCACCUCCCAAGGAGGCCUUUUCAGUUUAAGCCCCUCCAUCCCUUUGGAAGCUCCAGUUGAGCUUCACACUUUCCUUAAAAAUUUGCCUAUAUAGAAGGCCUAUAUUUUAAUUAUUCAGUGCACUGUGAUACAGAGUUUUAGAGUCUGUCUUCAGAUUAACUGUCUGGUUACAUAGGCUAAGCAUUUUCAGUUUCAGACUCUUUUUUUUUACUGGGACUCAUGACUUUUCAUGAGAUGAGUUUCAAGACUCACUAUAACUGUUUGUAACAAAAUCACUGCCAAAACCUGGCCAAAAUAGAAGAAUAGAGCACCAACUGGAUCUCUGUGAUAUAAGUGCAUGCAUUACGGUAGCUUGUGCAAUAAGAAUGAUAUAUGAUGAUUAUUACUGCAUUUUCAGGUGAAGCUUAGUGGCCAGCCUUCAAAAAGCCAAAUAAUUUGGGCAGGAAGACAGGUUUUGGCCACAGCAUCGGGGGAAAAUGUAGUCAGGUAUUUGGGUGAAAUAUUCAAUAUUAUUAUUAAUCAACAAGUUAUAACUUUACAGUCAAAUUAUUCCGAAAAAGCCACCUAUAGUACUAGUGUUGUUAUUUACAGCUGUACUUGGUUAUUCUAUGACAGCAUAAAACUUACACUGUAUGUCUUUAUCAUUUUGUAAAGAUCUAGGCAAAUGGAUGGUGAUUGUACCGUAGUGUGAAGUACACAUCAGUUGCAUUACAGUCAAGGCAGGUCAAGCGUACCCCCCAAGAUUCUAUUAAUGAAUUGAUUAUUUGAAAAAUGAAGCCGUUAGUCGUUCCUCUAACUGGUGUCAAAUUCAAAGCGGUAUUUCUGCAUGCGUAAUGAGCAGUGAAUAUUUUACGAGAACUUCUCUCUAUUUGGUCAGAUUGAAAAUCUUUGAAUGGAUUAAGUUUCUUAGAAGACAUUUACAUCAUAUUUAGGAAAACUGAGCCAGUAGAAAUUUCAUAACUGCCUCGCGUGUGAAUUCACGGCUCAUUAAGCAUGCCAGAAUGCAGAGAUCAAUCUGAAAUCUACAACUAGCAACGGAUUCAACUUUCGAAUAAUAAAUUCAUUAAUGGAUUCUUGGUGGGUACGCUUGACCUGGUUUGACUUUAAAACCUGAUGUUGUUUUUAUCACUGUUCUCAACCAGGAUGUGGAAUCUUGAACAAAAUGACAACUAUGUUCUUUCAGUUGAUGGUAGUGGUUUUGAGUCUGGUGAAGUAGUAAACUGCAUCUCAUACAAUAAGGUUAAAGGUAAGACUUACAAACGGUUUUGCAGUAAGCUCUCUCUUGUAAGAUAGCAGGGCUGUUAAUUAACAACUGCAUUACCAGUCAUAACACAAAAUCGAAAUCAAAAUAAAUAUCGUAUUUCGAGAUUGACCUCACAAGUGAGUCAUUAUUGAUUUGAGAUUUUCUCCUGAUUGAUGUGAGAAAUUGAUUUAGAGUACUGAUUUUUUCAGGCAAACCUAUAGUGUUACAAGCACUACACAGCCUUACAAUCAUAAUUAUAUAGUCAUAGUUACUUUGGAUUCAAUGUUCAAUAUUUAAAUCUGUGUUACUUUUAAAGGGAUACUUGCUGGAGGAACAAACAAAGGCAAGGUGGCCUUGUGGAAACACACAGUGACAAAACCCCAAAAGAAAAACGUUGAAGGCCAAGAAAAAUGGGAACUCCAAUCACCAUCUGUUCUAGAAGGACAAACACAGUUGUCUCAGAUACAGGUUAGCUAAAGAUAAACGGAGCAAACUAACAGUGAAACGAGGCAUUACUACGAAGAGAUUCACUGUAAAGUGUAUCUAUGUUGACAUUUUUUAAUUGUCAGAAUCCAAACUAUCUUUCACGUUACAAGUGACUAUUAAUUGAGAGAUUCAACUGUCAGUAAAAGGAAGCUUAAGUUCAAUGGCAAUGGCAACAAGAAAGGUAGAAAAGCAACAGGUUUAAUAUUAAAGCAAAACAACAACUUUGCACGUGCGUUAGGCCUUUUUGUUAAUUUCUUUACGUUUGUUGUGUGACUCUGACAUAUUAAAACUUGAGGCAGCUGACACUUCUCAGACUAAGUUGAUGGUAAAGGGGUUAGUUGUAAAGAAGCUGUGGUGCUACAUUGGUGGCAAAUUGAAAUGUAAAGCUCAGCUUUAUCAUCUAAGUUGAUUGGAUUUGCUGUGACAAAGGGCUGGUGCUCAAAUUGUCAUUUUACGGUGGCAAAUUUCCCUUAUUGACUCAAUUAAUAAAACCAAAUUAGCCUGUAGCUGGCAGGUUUUGAUACACGCACACAAACAAAGUAAGACUGAAUGGCAAAGCCAUGAACUAGUGGCAAAGCCACAUUGUUUCCACCUAAAUCUCCUCACAGCUUCACUGCUCGCUUAGCUCAUUGCGCUCUCACCGAUGUGCUACACAGUUUUUAAGUCUCACUGUUGUCAGCUGUUCAGGAAAACCCUGGUUUGGAAACAUUUGAGGUUGUUUCAAUGAAUGGGUGUAAUGUAUUUAGUACCUUAAGCCAAUCCCAUUUCCAUUCUCUGUUACUUUGGCUAGCCUAUGCAUUAUACACUGUACAUACAUCCAUGGAUGAUAUUGCGUGUCAUUUCAUUAUUUUUUUUUAUCUGUUUCAGUGGGCUGGAAACAAAAGUCUGCUUGCUGUGAAUAGUGGGGAAACUGUGAUUAUACUGAAUGAACAAGUUAUGAAUGCUCACUACAAUCUUGAGGUAAGUGACCUGCAGUAAUGUGAUGGAGGAGAAAUUAAUGGAGUACCAUGUUAACUAUGUGUUACUUUUGAGCUAAUAAAUGUUUACUGUUAGGUCUGAAAUUGGGUGAAUUAAUUAGAUCACCUUAAAAUAAACUAAAAUAAACCCAAAAGAGUGUAUCAUUGAAUUUUUUUUUUGCAGUACUUAUUAAAACUACAAAAACUGUUUUUUUUUUUGCUUUUAAUUGCUAGUUUAAUUCUUAAAUCAAUGCUUUCUUUUAAAUUUUUUAGGUUUUGACAUACUCCCUAAAAAAAGCCUGUUAUAUACACUGUAGCAUAGGUUUACUUAACAUAGAAAACAGACUUCCUCUCCUUUCAUUUUGCAGCGAAAAAUGAAGCAACUUAUGGUGGUUUGAGCAUUGUUUUCUUUUUCCUUAUCAAUUUCAGAUUGCUGCAGUUCAAGUUUCACCGAGUCAGUUGGGCAUCGAAAAUUUGGCAACUAAUUAUAGUCAAGAUCUUAAGACUGACAUCCACAUCAAGGGGGUCUUUGUAACAAAGGUCAGUCCUAAAAAUUAACAUACAGUUGGGCCUGUUUUUAAAUUUAGCUAAGUUGUAAUUGAGGCAAGGAUAACCUUGAGACAACACUAGUGGAUCAGCGGUUGAGCCCCAGGCAGGCAGGUCUGUGCAGGGUGGCCGCUGAGUCUGCAGGGGGCUUACAUGUGAUUGUAUACAUGUAUCUCAGCUUUGCCCUGCUUUGCUUAAUUGCUGAUCUUUGCGGAUCGUUGCAAAUUCACAGCUUGAGAUAUCUGCUGGUUAAGUGAUGUUAGGUAACUACCUCUAAUAAUUUCAUGUUGCCUUUUAUAAAGUGAUGCCAUCUUUGAUGCCAUCUUUUUACCAGUGCCUUUGGAGUUGCCCUUCCUCCACCUAUAUACAGUGUUGAAAAUCUAGAAAAAAUGAGGAUAAAUGGGCCGUAGAUUGUCAUUAGGGACGGGGACAGAGGGGCUGAGCAUGUUUACUGUUAGUAAAAAAGUGCCACAAAUACAAAAUUGCCUCCAGACUUUUGCCCAUGAUUCUCUGAGGCAGGGAAUGAAACAAAAAAUGCUGCUACAGAAAGUUUUCACCAGCUGUUUCAAUGUUUUGUUAACUUGUGUUAUGGAAUCCCUUUCAUCUCAAGUUAUCCAAUAUUAUUUCAUUUAAUAUUUUGGCAUGCUCUUUUCAAAAGGGUGGUUGGUCGAUAACAUGUUUUUGUUGGAAAAUGGCCAGGGGAAACAACGGAAAAUAAUUAUAUGUUAUUGUGGUAUGCAGUCAAGGAUUUUGUAGAGUACUGUCAUAAGCAAGAGUUGACAAUGUGAAAAUGAAUAGGGUCUUCACCUUGUGAAAUCACACGGAUAUGUCAAAUUUUACUGAAAAAUAUCGAACUAUAUUUGUGCUAUAAUCUUUUGAAACAGAGUCACACAGCAAUAUGGAAUGGCAAAAGGGUGGUGGUGUAUGAGGUAGCAGGUGACAAGAGCAUGGUCCGAGCAGAAGGUAAGACUGAAAAUCUUAUGGAAUGGUCGUGAUAAAGUCACACGCAGAUCGGUGAUAAAUGAAUACUCCAACGGAGGAUUAAAGAUGAUUGAUUUUGAUAGCAUGAUAAUAUCGCUUCGAUUGGCAUGGCUAAAAAGAAUAGCUAGCUCAAAUGAUGGCACCUGGAAAAGGUAUCUGACACAUCAUCUAGAACGCUUUGGCGGCCUUUUCUUGUUUCAUUGCAAUUAUGAUGUUAGUAUCCUUCCACUGAAUAUUUCUCUAUUCUAUCUAGAAUUACUGCAGUGGUGGUCAGAAUUUAGAGAUACGUUCUCUUCAGAAAAAGACUGGCGUUAUAUUCUUUGGAAUAACAAACAAAUACUCAUUAAUAAUAAAACAGUUUAUUAUAAAAGCUAUUUCGAAGCUGGUGUAGUUCACAUCAGCGAUCUAUCCUUUGACUUAAAUAACAAAGAUUCCUUUUCCUUAGUUUCUAACAAGAUUUCUAAAACAAAAUUUUUUAGUUUGGGCAGGUCUUCGACACUCCAUCCCUUCCAUUUUAAAAAUUUGGACUCAUAAAUCAACAACAGGUGAACUUUCUCUAAAAAUUGACGAUAAUAUAUUUGAUGUCACAAAGAAAAAAUCUAAAGACUAUUAUACUUUACUUGUAAGCAGAAAGGCUCUCUUUCCAACUAAUGUAAACAAGCUGCAAAAUGAAUUUCAUUUCACACUCGAGGAAGUUAAACAAAUUUUUAUGAUCCCGCAUAGUGUUGCUCUUGAAGCAUAUGUUAAGGCAUUUCAAUACAAAAUUCUUAACGCCAUUCUCUAUACUAAUGCUAAACUUUACAAAAUUGGCUUUAAAUUGAAUGACUCGUGCUCAUUUUGUUCAUCUGAACCAGAAACGCUAUAUCACUUCCUAUAUCUUUGUCCUUUCUCGGUAGAUUUCUGGCGUGACUUCGAAGUAUUCUGGCACCAACUUUUAAAGGAAAACAUUCGACUUUCGUUGCAAGAUGUUUUAGUUGGAAUGAUACGACAAAACUCCCCUUCUGCUAAGCUUCUAAACUAUCUAAUUAUGAUUGGGAAAUUGUACUUGUGGGAUUGUAGAAGAAGUCAAAUUCUUCCGAAUAUAUAUGGAUUUAAAAAGAAAAUUGCUGUAAAAUAUGAAACGGAAAAAUAGAUAAGUCUGCAUAGCAAAAAAGCAAAGGAUUUCUUUGAAGCUAAAUGGAUAGUGUCGCCUCUUGUAAAUGCUUAACUAUUUAAAGGUUUUAAUAUGCAUCCACUUUCUGUAUGUAAUUAAUAUAUUAUUUACAUUAUAUUUUGUAAACAUUUCUAGUUUGUUUGAAUAUCAGUGUUAAUUUGUUGUAUUAUAUUAUUAGUAUUAGUGGUAUUAGUUGUAACAUUAUAAUUAUGUAGGUAAGUAACUAAUUUGCUGUAUUAAUAUCAAUUUGUUUCAAUAAAGAAUUAUAUAAAAAAAAAAAAAAAAAAAAAAAAAAAAAAAGACUGAAAACCUCCCAAAGAACAAUAGCCUGUAAAGCAGGCGUUUUUUAACAGAAACGGGCUGAGUUACAUUGAUCACAGCUGCCAUCUUGAAAAGCGAACAAAAAAGAGUAACAGCAGAGGGUUGGGAAAUGGGGGAGGGUUGGGGAGGAGAGAACCUUCCCCUUCUCUAUUUUAAUCCCAUCAACCUCUCCCUUGUAAUCAGUUUUUGACUUGCCUUAACUCUGUGGUAGUUUUAACGUCCAAGAUGGCAGGAUAGCAUUAUUCCCACAAAAAGUUACGGAUCGCGCUGAAAAAUACGCCUGCUUUGCAGGCUAAAACAACACACAACAUUUUUUACUUAAACCUCUAUGGUUUUCAUGCAUCCCAGAACCUGCGAUACCAGCACAACUCUGUGCAAUUUUCAUCUGUUUUAACGCCUGCUUUAGGUCUUGGUAGUUCUCAACACCUCAACACCAACUUGUUGACUUCUGAGACAUCAGAUUUUACAACGUCGAAUACAAGGGGAGCUCUCAGCUGCUGUAAUUUUUUAAUUAUCCCAAAUUUUCGUGUUCUUCUCUGCAGGUUCUUUCAAUUCGGAUUCUCCAGCUGUUGUUGUUCAUGAACAAAGUGUUUACACUGUAGAACCAGGAAAGAUUCAAGUCAGAACAUUCCAGGUAUACUUUCAUGUUUAUGUGUAAUAUCACGUGAUGUGGUUAAGAUGGACGGCCGUCUGUUUAAGUCUUCACUGUUAUUUAGUCCAUCUAUAUAUAAAUCUUGUUUUGUAAUAUGUCUUCAGCUCCCCCCGCCUCGAUUAGUUCAUAAGCUAUUUGCGGGUGGGAAAGUAAUGUAAUUAGUUAUUUUCCAAUUUUCAAUAAAAUUUGUUGUUGUUGUUGUUGUUGUUGUUGUUGUAAUAAUAAUGAGGUCGCUGCACAUUCUCCUCCCCAGAGCUGUAAUCCUUUUGGCCAGUGCCACCUAUAUCUAGAGCCCAGGCUAGGAAUGAAGCCAGAAGCCCCCAGAUCAUGGAUUUGCACUUUCUGUACAUCCAUAUAUAUGAGUGUUAUUUGAACAGUGUAACAUUUUCUGUACGUGCAGGGAACAGUGAAGCAGAUCUUGAGUUUCUCAGAAGCAGAGGGUGACCCAGUCCUAUUGGAUGUGUGUGGAAACUUUCUUGCUGCUGGUACCUCACUUGGUUAUGUUAAGGUCUGGGAUUUAUCAAGAAGGUAAGGAAUACUUACAGCCCAUAAGUAACACUUAUAAAGUUGUCGUAAUAAUGCGUCGAAAAUACACUUUUUAAUGCCAGCAUUGCACUUGUACCAGUUAUUUGUUGUAAUUUACCUGAUGAGUGUGGUCAUUUUAAUCAUACCAAACAGUAUUGCAGUUCUAUUAGGUACAUCUGAUGAGAACAAUUGACAUGCCAUCCUUUUUUCCUCUUUGUUUAGCCACCAGGAUUCGCUGACUUCUUUCAUGUAGCUUUCAAAGAUGUCUCAGGCAGUCUUUAAUAUGUCUGAACUGUCAAAGAUCUCUCAGACUUAAAUAUAACCUUUCUGUUUGCAGAGAAGCCAAACAACACUGCAAUCCCAAAUCCUUGGGGGAUAGUAUUGCAGGGAUUGGAAAGCUUAGGUCCGUCAAGUGCAACUGUAAUGGUAGCAAAGUUAGCAUCUUGUGUGACAAGGUAAUACAAAACGUUGUUAUACACUGCCAUUAAUGACCAUUAAACCUUUCACUGACAAAGUGAAUGAUUACGACUCGUAAGACUGUUCUCAGUUUUGAGUCUGUGGACGAAAUCUAUGGUGUGACUACUUAAAUGAAGCCUCUUCAGCAGUACUUUCAAAUUGUACUAUUUAUUUCGUUUGUAGUCCUAACUUUUGAGUGUGGAUGAAAUCCCAUGGUGUGACCAUUCAAAUGAAAUCUCUUCAGCAGUUCUUUCACGUGGUGGUGUUUAUUGUUCGGCAUUUUGAAAAAUGAAAUUUGCAAAUUUCGUUCUCUUAUUUUUGAUUUUUUUCUACUUUUGGGAUGAAGGGGAAAAGUGAUAAGGCUGACCAGGAAGAGGUUAUUUUGUUGCUUCACCUGUUUUGGACAGUGCAUUGGACCACUGGAAACCAUCCUGCAUAACAAGCGUUUCCGUGUGGUUUCGGAGCAAAGAAAGACCGAGGAACGACUAGGAACGGGAUUUUCGGUUUUUGCCGCGCAAAAAUGGAACAAGAACCUAGCCUGAGAAAAAAGCCGACAUUUCGCGACGCCACCACUGGUUUCUCCGCGAAUUGACGUUUGAGAAACGAGCGCAGAAAAUCCAUGCUGAUGACGUGUCACUACCCUGGUCUGGGUAGUGCUUCUGAUUGGUCGUGCCGCGUGGGAAAUUUGAUUCGACCAAUCAGAAGUCCUACCCAGAUCUGGGUAGUAACGCGUCAUCAGUAUGGAAUUUCUGCGCAUGUCUCAGACGUCAUUUGGCAGGGAAACCAGUGGUGGCGUCGGCAAAUGUCGGCUGCUUUCUCAGGCUACAGAGCCAAGCUGCGCAGGCUAACUGAAGACUAACAUUUACGCACUGCAGCCAGAGUGCAACCCCGGUAUUCAAAGCUUCCCAUGUACUUAGGCUCUUUACUAACCACUUCGUUCAUUUUAGGCGAACAACUCUCCAGAUUCCAGAAUCUACGUUUGGGAUAUCGAACUCGAUAGUUUUCAAUCAUUUGACUUUGCAACUGGCAUGGGCUCAGGAGCAGAAGAGGAUGACAAAGAAAGCGUUGAUAUCAUGAACAGAGCACAGCAGGCUGCUGAAGUCGCUGGCAGGAGACCUUUGUUGCAGUACUGGGAUCCUACAGAACCUAAGUUAUUAGUCUGCGAGGCUUCACACGUUCCAGGGUUGAAACCAGCGAAAGCAUCAGCAACUGGAGAUGACAGUAGAGAGGUCAGGCUAGAAAUGGUUUUACAUGUAUAGUAGUUUUCUCCCUUUUGAGUCCACUCCGCAAAUUUGACUGCCUUGGCUUACUUGGCAAUGGAUAGAAAGAACGAAAAAAAAUUAUAUUCUCGUCGGAAUCUAAGGACGGCCUUGGCUAGAAUUUGCGAGGCAAAGUAAAAACUAGGGACGAACUCUUAGGUAGUGAAUUCGCUAGAGGAUGAAACCACCGCCUUGUUAUAGUGGUUUCACACUGUAGCGAGUUUGUCCCCUGCGGGUUCACCCCGCAAAUUUGACUGCCUUUGAACCAAACUUCUGAGUUUAUAUAGUGGGCUCAAGUGGCAUUGGAUAGCGGGAACGAGAAAAAACUUUUAUGCUCGUUUAAAUCGAAGGAGGGUUCUUGGCUGGAAACGUUUAAAACCUUUUAAAAGUAUUUUUAACUGAAAUAAAUGAUCUAUCACGCCGUUGUUAAUAAUACGAGCUUCGCUUCUUUUUUUGCGUAGUGCUGCUGUAAGCAUAAAUCAAAAUAUUAGAACCACGGCUGACAUUUCGUCCAAACUCCAAUGUCAAAACCGUGCCCACAUGUCAUCCCAUCUCGCUCUGAUUAGAUCGUAUCCGGGUCGCGGCGGAAGGGGGGGGGGGGGGGGGGGGGGCGAGGGAGGAAGCACUCAACAUAGUUUUACACAAAUGGGCUCCACCCUGAGGUCCAAGUCCUUUACCCUUUCAUUUUUGACAGGAAAGGUCCCCCUUUCGUAUACCUUUUAUUGAUAAUUGGUACUUGGUUUAUCUUUACAUCCCUUAAAACUGCUGUAAAGGCACUGUAUUUAAAUACGAAUAAAUCACAAGACCAGAACGUUUUCUCGACUUUUUCACGGUCAAAAUGCAUCUGUUAGCCCUCCUACGACCGAGAUGACAGUUUUCUCUACCCUUUCGUAUACUUCAGCUAGUCAAUUUUCUAUUCUUUCAAAUAUACCUGAAGCCUGAAAAAAGUACCCCUUUCAGGCGAAGCCUCCCCGUAUAGGCUGUUACGGGGAGUACCCCUCGGGUAAUGUGUUCAGUAUGAUAUACUGGACUGGUAUUAUUUUACGUUUUCUUUUGCAGUAAAAUGAUAAUGAUAUCUUUUAAUUAUCUUAUAUAUUUUUUGUACUUUUUAACAGAGUGAUGUGAUGGUUAUAUCACUGUUCAGCACCCCAGAGCAUGGGAUUCUCUUACAAGAUUAUUUUCCAAUAGACCCUGCAUAUUUCAGUAAGUUCUGUGAUACUUGAGUCUUUUGCAAAAACGCUAUCUCCUUAUUACAAAUUGUAGUAUUUUAACAUGAGAAGAUAACAGUCUGGCUGGGUUAAUCGACUCUUGUUGGCUCGAACUCUUUAGAUGCCCUUAGAGGGUAUUUCUUUGCUUGACAUUUUUGUAUAUUUCAGUGUUAAUAUUUACUGUCAUAAAUGUUUGUUGUAACUUCUAGGUUUGCUUGGCGUUCAGGUUCCUUACUUUUUAUUGGUUAAAAAGGUUAGUGUGACUACUAAAGUAAUUUAUUUUCAAGUCAAUGGUCUUCCAAAACACUUUUUGUUCUUCUUAUCCUGAUUUAGUCUUUAUUUUUCAUGUAUACCUUGCUGAAGAUUGUGAUUUGCAUGGCACUUCUCAUCCUUCAACCUCAUAUUUGCCCUUACAUUCUCAUUCGUAUAUCUGUAAUUUUUCGGUCUUUGUCAUGUUAUACGCCUAAGUGAACGCUUUUACAGCGGAUUCCUUUUUAAUGAAAUCGUAUUUCUUGAAAUCCAAAGAGCGGUGAGUUAGAAGGCGCCCCUCCCCCUGACCCACCGUCAUACGGAGCUACCAAGAUACCCCUCCCUGAUAAACAUCACAUGGUCACGAAACACACCAUGAGGGACUUCAUUGGAUUAGAGAAUGCUGAUCUGGAGGCUAGAAAGGCCAUGAUGAACUUCAGCUACCUCUCAGCUAUCGGCAACAUGGAUGAGGCAUUCAAAGCGAUCAAGUUAAUUAAAAGGUUGGUAAAUCUGAAAAGUGGCUCUGCGUUCAGCUGAGUGUAUUGACUUUUUUUGGUGCGGAGGAGGGGGGAGGGGAGGCGUGGCAAAGUGGAUCAUUUUACGUUUCUGGGAAACUGCCCACCUACCCCUCCCCUAAACCAACAUUAACACUUCUCACUUAGGGCAAAAUGCUGGCUUAGGGGAGAGGUAGGUGGGCAGUUUCCCAGAAACGUAAAAUGAUCCCCAAAAGUUAUCAUCCCAGAGCCGAAAAUCCAACUUCAUGAAGUGAAACUGUGAAAACAAAUACAGUCAAACCCGGUUAAUACGGACAUUGAUGGGGCCAUAGAAAGUGUCCGUAUAAAGCAGGUUGAGAUGUCCUUAAAGCGGGACUGUAAACCCUUUUUGCAUGAUGUGUUAGCAUUAGAUCCCAUGGGCCUAAACCCCCUUGGACACGUUAUGGGGUUUACACAACCUGGUAUUCCUUAUCGCUUCGGUUUCGAGCACUGAGUAUUGUGAUUAGGGUUAAGCGCUGACUCCAAAAGGUUAGCUUCUAUCUAGGGUUAGGGUUAUUGCUAUAUAGCUUCAAAUCAAACCAUGCUCCGGGUUCGAUUCUUACUCCUCUGAAUUUUUUUCCUUAAAAAUCGAAGAAGCUUACACUUUCAUGAACAUUUCCUGAGCAGAAAUGUCAAGAAACUUAGAAAUUUCAUUUAAGUGUAUUGAAUAAAGAAUACUACGUUGUGUAAACUUAAUAAGGUGUCCAAGGAGUUAAGGUCGAUGGGAUCUAAUGCUGAGCCAUGUUGCUGUCCUAAAACGAUGACACGGCGGCUAUGUUGGUGCCCCUGACAAAUCCUGUGGGAAGUGAACUCUUUUCUUAACUUAUGUAAACGCUUUCUUCAACUGCAAUCCCUGAAAUUGCAUAGCUGCUGACGAUGCGAGUAAAAAAAGGCUCUAAAAUACAACGGGAAACUACGGUUCAAGAGGUUUCAAAUUUUGCUGACUGAACGUUUCCUUGGCAGCGAGUCCGUUUGGGAAAACAUGGCGCGGAUGUGCGUUAAGACCAAGAGACUGGACGUGGCGACUGUGUGUUUAGGGAACAUGGCAAACGCACGAGCGGCUAAAGCACUAAGGGAAGUACAGAAAGAGCCUGAACUGGACGCCAAAGUGGCUUGCUUAGCCAUUCAGCUUGGAAUGAAUGUAAGUACUCUGGCCGGGGUCAUUCUAACAUAGUCUCUUUUAGCCGGUGUUGUCUAAUUAACGUGUUCCACUAUAAGAGAGGCCGACCCCUUUAAACUUUUUCCUAUUUACAGCAAUGCAAGGGUAGUUUCGUUUUUUCACCGAAGGGCGUCUCUUUAAUAGUAAGAUUUCCUUCGUUGUCGAAAUAGCGACACUGAGGUAUUUUGUGAUGACCAUUUCAAUCACUUGAUUUAAUGGAAAAAAUAAAGUUAGACAGUUACAUGCAAUAUCCUCUCAACUGCCUAAGUUGUUAACUUCAAUGUAAUCUUAACAGGAAGAAGCAGAGAAGCUGUUAAAGAACUGUGGUCGCUUUGACAUGUUAAACAAGUUUUACCAAGCUUCCAAUCAGUGGACUAAGGUCAGACACUUCAACAGUAUUAGUAUUUUUUUUAAUAACUUAAGGUCCGUUUUCUGUUUUGUUCAAGUUCGGUUUCCUACAUUAGUGUUAAUUAGAGCAUUAUUGUCUUAAGGCUAAAUCAGUUUACCGCAAUCUGAAGUCGCAACGUUGCCAAACGCGGAAAAAAGCGUUCGAUCAGUGUAAGUUUCUGAGAAACAGGGGCCCGUUUCUCGAAAGUCCCGGUAACUUUUCGGGCCCGAAAUCAAAUAUUCAAAUCAAAAUGUAAAGAAUAAGAGCGCCGGUCCUGGCUAGCAAACUGCUCCAUUUUGUUUCAUUAACUGAUAGUUUUAUCAUGUUAGAUGCAAAACUAUUGAAACCUCAAUCUUUAAUGUAAACGGAGUCAGCUCACCGGGCCCGUUAAUUAUCGGGACUUUUGAGAAACGGACCCCUGGCCACCUACCCCUAACCUUACCCAACGUUUACACUAACUUGUCACUUAGGACAAAAUUUUGGUUUAGAGGAGGGGGAGGUGGGCCAGAAUGCAGGAUCCGAGAAUCAGCCACCAUCGUCACCAAGGCGGGAAAAGCGUGAUUUUGCUAAGGGCAGGAAACUCUACAGUCGGUGUUAAAGGCGGGAAAACGUGAAACCGGUUUCAAGAGCGGGGAAACUCGUUUCCGUGAUUCUAAACCCAGUUACUUUGCUAGACUUACACAGUCUUAGACCUGUCGUAUAUAAAGACGUUUUUUCCUGUUCUUUGUCGCAAAUCGCCCCUCGAUUUACGAAACAACAACAGCAAUAACAGAACAUUACAGAAAAUCGUAGACUUGAAAUUGCAUUGUAUUUUUGUUUUUUUAAUCAGGCUGUGGAAGUGGCGGAACUUCAAGAUCGCAUACAUUUGAGAACAACUUACUACAACUAUGCCAAACAUCUGGAGUCAACAGGAAACAUAUCAGCUGCUAUCGUUAAGUGAGUGGGAAAAAGCAAAAUAAAAAAAGAGACACCGCUUAUAGGGAGACAGGAAAUCUUAGAGGGUGUUCGAUGUAGUGAAUAGUACAUUUGGCUUUUUACCCGCACGGGAUCAACGCAAGUUGGCAAAAAAAGUUGACGGUUUGUAACAGCUGAAAUUAACAUGUCUCAUUGUAAUUUUGGUGCAGCAAACCUUGAUUGAGGUAAACGUCGUCUGAUCAACAAUCCCAAGGCCGACGGUGCGCUUAUUUUAUCCCUUCCCUCUGUCUUUCUCUCUCUUUAUCCGGGUAUUUAUAGCUUAGUCGAAGCAAGGAUUUGAGUUUACACCUGGGAAACUCUCGCACUGAAGGCCGCGCACUACCUUAUACAUCUUGUAAUGGGGCAAUUUGUUCGCUUUUAGUUUUGAAAAGGCAGAUACUCACCGUUUUGAAGUGCCCAGGAUGCUACUGGAGGAACCUCAACAACUGGAAGCCUACAUACUCAAAACAAAAGACAAGUAAGUGGAAUUCAAGUCUUUAAUGUAUAGGGAUGAUUUCAUUGCCGAUAAGCUUUACCCCACUUCCUCAAUUUCUACCCAUAAAGUGGUAUAUUUGAUAGUCUGGAAAAAGAAGUUGUUUGUUUAAGGAGCCUAGGGAGUAGAAAGGAGAACUAAAGCAUCAUUAUCACCACCACCACCACCAUCAUAAUCAUCAUCAUCAUCAUCAUCAUCAUCAUCAUCAUCAUCAUCAUCAUCAUUCUCCGUUCGUUAUAGCUAGUAUUUUUGAGUGCGCUUGUUUGCUUGAUUGGACGAAGGAGUAAGCCAAUAUUCUGGGGGGCGGAAAGGGAGGCGAAUAUUCAAGAAAUAAGUUAAAAGCCUUGAAACUCGAAAAUUCCGGCUCUUGUUCCCAAAUCGGAAAGUCCUUGUUGUUGAAGAAGUGGACAAUUUACCGGCUAGAAUCUACUUCCCUUUUGAACACCAGUUAUUCAUCCUUCCUCUCCUCUAAAAGCCUUUUGAGAGUGUCGUGUUCAGUGUUCGGUUGGUGUUGUUGAGGAGACCGUCCGUAAAAAAAAAUACGCUAGUGAAUGAUAACCAUGCACUGAGUCAUACAGAAUUAGAAAGAAAUGUGCUGUAACAACAUUUGCUUGCUUUUUUAUCAGGGAGUUACGUAAAUGGUGGGCGCAGUACAUGGAAAGCACGAGUGAAAUGGAAACAGCGCUGCAGUUUUAUGAAGCGGCGCGUGAUAACUUAUCACUGGUCCGAGUCUACUGUUACUGUGGCAACUUGGAAAAGGUAAGCUUUUAUAGACUUUGAGCAGUCUCCCGUGUCUUAUGUCUUCUUAAUUCACUCCGAAGAUAAUUGACGGUCAAAAUAUUUUAGGUUAGUGUGACGACGGCUCGAGUUUUUUCAGCCAUCAGACGCGGGGUAACUCGCGCGCGCGUAUCUUUGUUUUCUAGCUUCGACUUCACGGGAGAAAAGGUUUCUUGCCAGUAAAUUAUCUCGCCCCUCAGUUUGAUUGGGAGCUUAUCAUUCUCAUCUGUAACUUCAAUUUCAGGCGGCAGAAAUCUGCAACGACACUGGCGACAGAGCAGCUUCAUAUCAUCUUGCACGUCAAUUUGAAAACCAGGUUGGUGCAACGUGGUUGUUGACACAUUGUUACUUUUUACCGUGUCCAAUUUUUUUGAGCGAUUCGUACAAAAAACAUAGGAUGAGUUCCUUUGAUAUGAUCAGGAUCAGGAUCAGUGAUCCGAGAUCAUUUGGAUCAUGGUAGAUCAAAUGAACCGAUGAAUCCUUGUCCAGAGUGGAUUCAUCGAUUCAUUUGAUCUCCCAUGAUCCGAAUGAUCUCGGAUCACUGAUCCUGAUCCGCAUCAUCCCAAAGGAACGCACCCAUAGUGUAGCACUUUUUUUAGAACGAGGCUAUUUAUAAGACGAAUUAUUUCCUUUUACUGUUGAAUUGAACACUGAGUGUAAUGCUUCUUCCAUGUAAGGAUGUAAGGAUAGAGUAAUUUUAUUAAUAAAACGUUUUGAUUUUUUAGGAGAAAAUAAGAGAAGCCAUUCACUUCUAUACUCGAGCCCAGUGUUACAGUAACGCGAUACGACUCGCAAAGGUAUGUUACCCUUACCAAAGAAUUUGGCUUUCACUUUUUGCGGAAAUGUGCGAAGGAUUAGUCUGCUAGAAGCUUUCCAUUUCUGUUUUGGCGAGCGAAACGAGCCGCGAAAUAACGCCCUCGCCUCUCGCUUGCUCGCCAGGUGCGUAGUGUGGCUCUAUGCAGUUAAAAAAAAAUCAACGGAAGCAACGUGAAAUGAGAUUGCUUUUCCAGCUAGGAAUCGUCUAGCCUAAAGGACUAAAUAUUAAUUUCAGCUUCAUUUGAACUGUGACAUACAUCUUGCACGCUUUAUUAUUAACAUGCGCUCGCGCUUCUUUAUGCCUAAUGACAGUUGCGUAAUACAACGGUUUUCUUAACACUGAAGAAGUCUGUUUCUAAAAAAGAGAUUUGACACUUUGAUAUUUUUAAUGAAAUAUAAUCCUAUCAACUAAACUUGGAAAUUACGCUUGUAAAUGUUUCCGAAACGCUGUUGUUUUCAACCUUUUUAAAACCCUCUUAAAAUCAUUUUAAGAAACACUUUAGCGCAGUAUUCGACUUUAGGUCUAGAAAAACACAACUUAAAGAAGCUAAACAUAUUUUAUCCGUUCGAUUUUGUAGGAACAUGGACUUGACAAUGAACUUAUGAAUCUUGCUCUUCUUAGUUCACCACAAGACAUGCUGGAUGUUGCCAGGUUAGACUGUAACAAUAGGACAUUUAAUGGCAGAAUCUCUUUCCUGUUCAUACCCUUGACCUCGAAAUUCUUCAUUUCUAUCACUGAACUCGUUUUUCCUUCUUCUAAAUAUUCUGUAUCUAAGUGGGAAUUUGUUAAACGAAAGCAGUUCUUCUUUACCGAUAGUCUUAUUCCAACUGUUACUCUUCCUGUUGUUUUAAUUUGGGGAUUUUGUUCUAACGACUAAGAAUAUACUGGAUAUGUUUAAUACAUCCUUGGCCCGAAAGAAAAAUGAAAUAAGAAAAAAGUGAGGAAAAAAAACCAUCUUAGCAGAGCGAGGUUUUGAUCCUCGGACCUCUGGGUUAUGGGCCCAGCACGCUUCCACUGCGCCACUCUGCUAUCUGUUAAAGAAAGAGCGAAAUUAUUGAUAAUUAAAGCUUUGUUAUGAUGAAAAAAGAUUACUUAUUGCAUCAUCUUUGUGUGCGUACCAUGUUUGCAUAAUUAUGCGUUUGCUUUGUUAUUAUGCAAAUAAUUAAAACAAACCGAGGCCCAUUUGGUUUCGUUUAACUUUAUCUGGUUUUGAAGGAAGAUCUUAUUGCUUUGAUGAUAAUUUUUGGCAGAAUUGCCUCUUAAACUCCAUAAAUUUAUCGAUAUAAUCGCUGUUCAUGUAAUGUUUGUUAUUUUUUCUCAAGAGGAUUAGUUUGAGAGUGCUUCCUGCAUAAGUAAUGUUGUGGCUAGUAUUUGCUUUCGCGCGAGCUUCUAUUUCAAAGUACCGCUUAAAAAUGGCACACAAAAGAUAGUUGAAUUUCCAUUCUUUUAUAUUUGAAGCGUUUGCUUGCAGUCAUAGCUAUUCAUUUCUUACGCGGUUGGAAUUUUCUUGCCUUCUAUUUUUAGUUUUAUUUUUUUUUGUGACUGCAGUCGCCAAUAUUUGUUUUCGCUUGGAAUGGCAAACUAUAGAGACUGUGAACCUCGGCAAUGAAUCCGUCCUUGAGAGAGAAUUUCUCUAUAAACAAAGAUGAUCAGAUGCUCGUCAGGCAAUUUUAAAAAUACACCCGUUAAAGAUACUAGAAUCUAAUUUUGCGAGGUGGCAAAGAGAUGCCAAUUCCGUAACAACAAGGAGAAGUAUCCAGUUGAGUGAAAAAUAGUUUCCUUCAUAUUUCGGCUGAGUACUUAAAAAGCCCAUAAAGGGCACCGUUGCAACACUAAUCCUGCCUUACCCGUGCCGAGGAGAUCGAACGUUUUAUGGGAAUUUUUAUGGGAUUCGUUUCACUGAUUAUUCUUUAGUUACGCACCCGCUGUAAUCCAAAGCUGCUGCAGUGCGUGAAACUCGUAAGGCGUUUCUUGGAGUAUCUGUGUAGUGAACGAUACGCGAGCAAAAGUCCCUUAGCAUAGCGAUAUUAUUCCAGCGACUGCUAUGAGCUCAUUAAUCUAUUAAGGGCAAUGCUGACACCGAUUUCUGCCGAUUUCUUGCCUCCGCCUGACAUGUGCGGUCAUCUGUAUGACCAUCUGGGUUAAGCUGU